UACUCUACGAGAAUUUCGCUUUCGACUUGAGACCACUAGCAGCGCUGCAUAACGCUUCGAGCAGUUCACGUCUUCCAUCAGCUUUUUCAUACUUUUCCUUCGACUCAUGCAACAUAUACGUGCCCGUCACUCCGUCUGGAUUCUCCUUUUAAAUGUAUUCCAUUCGCUAGGAUCUUCCAUAUACGAAGAGACGAACAAGGAAUUUUACAACGACGACCAAUUUAAACUCAUCUCCAGCGUGCGCAGGACUCCUGGUCUACACAUCAUAUAUAACGGAGGUGCUGAAACUGGCGAUGACUUGUACUUUGACGCUCCCAGAGGUGUUGAACCUGAUAUCACCAUCACUCAUGCCCUCAAGUACACUAAUCCGGUGAAUAUUUCAAGGUUUCGAGUCCUUGAGAGUCCGCGCGUCUUUCUCGAGAUUUAUCAUCGGGCCACAGACCUCGCCGUGUACAGCAGCUUGGACACCACGACCCUUUAUAACCAAUACUCGUACGUAAUGGAUAACGCUAAGCCUGGCGUCUACAUCCUACAGUUUAAGGUUGUCGACGGUCUCGUCAAGUUUUUUGUAGACGGCAGAGAGUACGAAAUGCACAGGAUGCAUCAGCGGGAUUACGUUGGUGCCAAGAGACACUUCUGCGACCCCCCAGGUCCUGUUGUCAUCGAAAGCCAUGUGACGUACAAAGAGGACCCGGGCACAGUCUUCGUUGAGGCUGAAGACUUCCAUGCGCCACAAGUUCCUUUCUACGAAGGUGGCUACGUGAUCUGCGAAGGCGAUGCAACCGGAUGGGUGAUGGUCGCCCACGACGACUACAGACUAAGCGAAGAUUACAAGGGCCGGGAGAGGAUGAAGAUCAUCUUCAAGGCGCACGCUGGAAAGAUGAUAUUCAUGGACAAUGACCAUCCUGAAAACUUCACCGCCGUCAAGCAGAAAGCCGAACCCAUUAAAAGAUUAGACCUCAUGUACUCCUACAAGCUAUACGUUAAGAACGUUUACAUCGAAACAGGACUCAAGCCCAAGUAAAAUCAUUGGACGGAAUGGAA